UAAGAAAACUGGAAGAAAUAAAUAGUUAUCUUCAUAUGUAAGUGAGUGCUCAAUGAGAAAACAUCAUUUUGUCAGAACGAUAAUAAUAAAAUUCGUCACAAAUAAAUAUUAAAUUUUUAAUGACACACAUAAUUUAAAGCUGAAGAAACACAAAACUGAAUCCAAUUGGAACAACAAUUACAAUAAAAAUGUUUAUUACCACAUUAUUACUUAUUUUUGUUGCAUAUUUAAUGUUUCAUUGUUACUUUUAUUAUGGACCAAAAGGACGAUUAAUCAAUAAAUUACCAGGCCCAGGUUAUCCAAUAAUUAGUACUUUAUUGGACUUCCUACAUCCAGUAGACGGUCUUUUUAAGCUUUUAACUACAAGAUGCGAUACUUAUUAUCCUAUUUAUAAAAUGCAGUACUACUUGUUUCUAACUGCUAUAUCAAUCCGUCAUCCUGAUGAUUUGGAGGUAAUAUUAAACAGUACAAAGCAUAUUGACAAGAGUAUAUUAUAUAAGCUACUUCAUCCUUGGUUAGGUACGGGUCUUCUUACCAGUAAAUGUUCUAAAUGGCAAUCCCGGCGAAAAAUAUUAACUCCCGCAUUCCAUUUCAAUAUAUUACAACAAUUUGUUGAGAUUUUAAUUAAGGAAGGGGAAAACAUGACAAGAUCUCUGAAGAAUGCAGAAUGCACUGUUACAAAAGAUUUACUACCGUUUAUUAGCGAACAUACCCUGAAUGCAAUAUGCGAAACUGCCAUGGGCAUUUCUUUGCAAGGAAAAGAUUUAUUUCAGCAAAGGUAUCGAAAAGCGGUUCACCGGAUAGGCGAAUUGAUGGUUUAUAGAUUAUUGAGGCAGUGGCUGUGGGUCGAUUGUUCUCAUUGUUACCAGUAGGAAGAGAACAAGCAAAAAUUCUAAGGACAUUGCACACAUUUACCGA